CGUUUGGAGACACGAGAUUAAUAAUUGAGCAUUUAUUUAUUGCGCGAUAGAGACAGAGGGGCGAGGGGAGAGCAAAACGCGCUGUGAGGCUGCCAGUUUAAAUCUAUCUGUGGCUUGAAACGACCGGGAAGCACGCCACAGCCACUCCGUAGUAGUAAAGGCGAUUUAGGCUACUCCAAACACUGCACAUCCGUGAGAGCAAAUAACUAUCUCUCCCUCAGCGUAAAGAUUGUCCCUUUUCGGCGCAGAACAUGAAUAAGCUAUACAUUGGCAACGUGAGCGCCGAGGCGAGCGAGGAGGACUUCGAAACUAUCUUUGAGCAGUGGAAGAUUCCGCACAGUGGUCCAUUUCUUGUCAAAACUGGCUAUGCGUUUGUGGAUUGCCCGGACGAGAAGGCUGCGAUGAAGGCCAUCGAUGUUCUUUCAGGUAAAGUUGAACUUCAUGGGAAAGUUCUCGAAGUGGAGCACUCGGUCCCUAAACGUCAAAGGAGCUGUAAGCUGCAGAUCAGGAACAUCCCGCCUCACAUGCAGUGGGAGGUUUUGGAUGGUAUGCUUGCUCAGUAUGGUGCAGUAGAGAGCUGUGAACAAGUAAACACUGACACAGAGACUGCGGUAGUCAACGUUCGAUAUGCAGCCAAGGACCAGGCCAGGCUGGCGAUGGAGAAGCUGAAUGGAUCAAUGAUGGAGAACUAUGCUUUGAAAGUGUCCUAUAUCCCAGAUGAGACGGCUGUACCAGAGGGUCCUUCGGCGGGGGGCAGGAGAGGCUUUAACACCCGUGGACCCCCUCGUUCCGGCUCUCCAGGGCUGGGCGCCCGGCCCAAAGUGCAGUCAGACAUCCCACUGCGCCUGCUGGUUCCCACGCAGUUUGUAGGGGCAAUUAUCGGCAAGGAGGGUGCCACAAUACGCAACAUCACCAAACAGACCCACUCAAAGAUCGACAUCCACAGGAAAGAAAACGCAGGAGCAGCAGAGAAGCCCAUCACAAUUCACUCCACGCCCGAAGGCUGCUCGAAUGCUUGUACAACCAUCAUGGAGAUCAUGCAGAAGGAAGCCAUCGACACUAAGUUUACCGAGGAGAUCCCACUGAAGAUACUGGCACACAACAACUUUGUAGGAAGAUUAAUUGGGAAGGAAGGACGCAACCUGAAGAAAAUCGAGCUGGAUACGGGGACCAAGAUCACAAUUUCACCUCUCCAGGACUUGACCCUGUACAACCCAGAGCGGACCAUCACGGUGAAGGGCUCCAUCGAGGCGUGCGCGAGAGCAGAGGAGGAGGUGAUGAAGAAGAUCAGGGAAUCGUAUGAGAGUGACAUGGCUGCUAUGAACCUCCAGUCCAACCUGAUUCCAGGCUUGAAUCUGAAUGCUUUGGGUUUGUUCCCCAGUGGCGCACCAGGCAUGGGUCCCUCCAUGUCCAGUGUCCCUCCUCCUGGAGCACACGGCGGAUGCUCGUCGUUUGGAUGCAGUCCUUAUGGGGGUGAAGGGCCAUUUUGGGCUUCUAUGCUGUCGGCGAGCAGCCAGCCCCUUGCUGGACACCCAGAGUCGGAGACGGUUCACCUGUUCAUCCCGGCGCUCGCAGUGGGAGCCAUCAUUGGAAAACAGGGUCAGCACAUCAAACAGCUGUCACACUUUGCUGGAGCCUCAAUCAAGAUUGCCCCUGCAGAAGGAAUGGAUGCUAAGCAGAGGAUGGUCAUCAUCGUAGGACCACCAGAGGCUCAGUUUAAGGCUCAGUGUCGCAUCUUUGGCAAGCUGAAGGAAGAGAAUUUCUUCGGACCCAAGGAGGAGGUGAAGCUGGAGGCUCACAUCAAGGUUCCUUCCUUUGCUGCUGGACGAGUCAUCGGGAAGGGUGGAAAAACGGUAAACGAGCUGCAGAACCUGACCUGUGCAGAAGUGGUGGUGCCCAGGGAACAGACGCCCGAUGAGAACGACCAGGUUAUAGUCAAGAUCAGCGGGCACUUCUUUGCAUGCCAGCUGGCACAGAGGAAGAUUCAGGAAAUCCUGGCCCAGGUGAGGAGGCAGCAGCAGCCGCCUAAGCCUCCCUCUGGAGCCCAACCUCCGCUGCCCCGCAGGAAGUGAAGAUCCAGCGGCCCUGGAGGAAUGGUGACCGAAUCUGCCCGAAGACUCGACAGAUGGACAGAUGCAGCAGAGCCCAGGGGGAGACGAAGAAAAAGAAGACAAGGGGUCGCAACGCUCAUCUCAGGGGUCAAAGGUUAUCAGAACCCAACCAAACAUCCACCCCUCCUUGUCUUACUUGAACUUUUAAGUGUGGCUAAUAAGAGACCCCACGCCUCUUAACCUCCACCCACCUCACCUCUCUGCAUCUCUGAGAAUGUACUUCUGAGGGCUCGCAACAAUGUCACCUGCCCUCACAUGUACGCACCCCUCGACC